AUGAAUGAAUAUGAACGAGUUAACAUGAUGGAAGAUAAUCGUUGGACAAAUAUUUUGAAAUGUGACAUUAUGGAAAAUAUUACACAAAUGGGAGAUGCAGAGAAUCGUGAUCGUUUAUCUGCAUUAGACGCCAAAUUGCUAAAUGAAAAUAUUCAUCUUCAUAACAUAAAAAAAAAUAUGGGAAAAUAUUAUGAACAAUUUAAAGAGGCGAAUGAAGACUUUAAAGAGUUCAUUUUAUCAGAUGCUAAAAGUAAGAUUUUGUUGGAAAGAUACAGACACUUAGAUCCAGAUAAAAUAAAAUCGAGCAUAAAUAAUUCUAUACACGCAAUUAAUAUUAUGUCAAAUGCACGAGUUGGCCAUUUUAAAACAGCAUUAAAAAAUUUGGAGAAUUUACAAAGCCAUCCAAAACCACAGAAAAGUAAACAGGGAUAUAUAAAAAAAAAAAAAAUGGAAGCAACUAUGGGAAAAAUUGUAAACAAAGUUAAGAAAAUUGCACUGGUUGACUUUACCAAAAGAAAGACUAAAAACAUGGUAAAUGAUGUUAAACAAAAUUUAAUCAAGUAUGAUACGGUGAUAGAACAAUUACAAACCGACGCUAAAGCAAUGGCUAUGGUCGUUAUGAAAGAAAUUGAAACUGGUACAAACUUUAACGAAGACUCAGUGAAUUUUAUUAAAAGUUAUUUUGCCGAGAAGGACGCAAAAGAAAGAUUUAUCAGUAAAAACACGUCUUACAUAGACAAAUUAAAUUCUAUAAUGGAUUCAAUGGAAUAUAGUAGAAAGACAUUAAUGCGAGAAAAACCACCUACACAAAUUGCAGAAACAUUUUAUUCGGAACUUCCAUGGACAACUGAUACAUCUGACGAACCAUCAGAAAAUCCAAUUUUGGAAAUUGAAAAAAAAAAAAAAAAAGAAAAAAACGAUAACAGUUGGUGUAAUAAUAUUUCACAAUUUGGAAUAAUGUAUUAUGCCGAUCAAAAUGAAAAAACUAAAUUUUUGAACAAUUUAAAAAAUAAUAUAGAAGUUUCAUCAUUCGACUAUAAGUUUCCUGAAAAUAUCCUUGAUUAUACAACUCUUAGUGAUGUUCAACCAACAAACGAUGAGUUAGCUGCUAAUUACAUACUAAAACAAUCAGAAUCUAAUAAUUUAAAAGAUUUAAUAAAACAUAUUGAGUGCACUAAAAUUGAUUUAAAAAACUUAAACAAGUUAACUACUUUAAGAAAAACUUUACGGAAUUUAUUAUUCACGGAAAUGUUACAUAAAGAAGAAACUAUAAAUAACUUGAAUCUUUUGACAAUCAAAGAUAUUGAAUUUACUAAACAAGUGGAGAUUUUUAAAACCUUCAUUGACGAGCAACAUAAAAAGAUGUCUGAUGUUGACCAAAUCAAAACACAUUAUUUAAAAUUGUUUAAUAAUUUGUAUUUUCAUGUUGACAAUAUUAAAAUUAUACUCAAAAAACUGAAUGUUACAGUUGACGAUAAUAAACAAAUAUCAUUUAUCAAAAUUAAUCUUACUUCACAAGAAAAUACAUUAGAUACUGCCACUGAGGAAUUUUUGAAAUUAAUAGAAGAAAUAAAAUCUAUGAUUGGCGUGAUUGAUGGAAAAUUUCGUUGGUGUAAUUUAAUAAUUCCGGAUGAAUUUGAUUCCAAACAAUUGAAUUUUGCACGUGCGAUGUAUGUAUAUAAAGUUCAAGAAUACAUACAAGCAGAUAUAACGAAAAGAAGAUUGAAAUUUUCGCUUUUAUUAAAAAAAAAUAAAUCGAUAGAAAUGCCAAAAAAAUCUGGAGAAGACAUUUUAACUAGAGAUGAUAUGAAAAGACAAGCUGAAAUAAUUGUAAAAUAUUUCAAUGAAAAGGACACAGAUAGUUCAAAAAAUAAAAGAAAACCAAUUUCUUUCAGAAAAAGUUUUAUAUAG